UCUGCUGAUGAUAGUCAAGACCAAAACGACGUCUCUGAAAACCUCGGUUUGUCUCCUUCCUCCCGUUUCUCACUUCCUCUCCAAAAGAUUAAUUGUUGAGUACUGCCGAGCUAAGGCUAUGGGGAGAGGGAAAAUAGUGAUAAGGAGGAUCGAUAACUCGACGAGCAGACAAGUGACGUUUUCGAAGCGAAGGAACGGAUUGUUGAAGAAAGCGAAGGAGCUCGCGAUCUUGUGCGAUGCUGAAGUCGGAGUAAUGAUCUUCUCUAGCACUGGAAAGCUCUACGAUUUUGCUAGCACCAGUAUGAGAUCAGUAAUCGAGCGAUACAACAAAACAAAGGAGGAACAUCAGCAACUGGGGAACCCAACCUCUGAAGUCAAGUUCUGGCAAAGGGAGGCAGCAAUUCUGAGACAACAACUGCAAAACCUGCAAGAAAAUCACAGACAAAUGAUGGGUGAAGAACUUUCUGGAUUGAGCGUAAAAGAUUUACAGAAUUUGGAGAGCCAAUUGGAAAUGAGUCUACGUGGUGUCCGUAUGAAGAAGGACCAAAUUUUAAUGGAUGAAAUUCAAGAAUUGAACAGAAAGGGAAACCUCAUUCAUCAAGAAAAUGUGGAACUCUAUAAGAAGGUAAAUUUAAUUCGUCAAGAAAACAUGGAAUUAUAUAAGAAGGUUUAUGGAACAAGGGAUGUGAAUGGUGCAAACAGAGACUCCCUUCUCACAAAUGGUCUAGGCAUUGGCGAGGAAUCACAUGUGCCCGUCCAUCUCCAGCUAAGCCAGCCACAGCAACAAAACUACGAGACACCAGCAAGAGCUACAAAAUUGGGCAGACUGCAACUGCAUUAGCAAAACAAGAUGCAUCAAAGUGGGAUUGGAUGUCACUAGACUUUGAUCAAAAAAUGCUUAUGGGUCCAAAGGUUAUGCUUCUCAUAGUAAGAUGUGGUAUGUUAAACCACUAAUCAUUCAGCAAAGCAACAUUGGUUUGAAAUGAUUAAGCAAAUGAAGUUUAGCAUGUGUGUGAAAAAAAAACCAUCUAGUUAUGUAAAGAUAAGUUAAGUGUAAUAAAGAAAAAUAUAUAUAUAAAAAGGAGCAAAU